AUGGCAGAGUUUCGACAUAUUCAAACGCUGCUGUCGACGCUGCUGUCAACGCUCGGGCCCGAAAAGGUCUUUUAUCCAGGAUCCGACGGCUAUUCCUCUUCCAAUGCUUCGUACUUUGCACAGCAGCAGUCUCAGCUUCGGCCUGUAGCCGUCAUCUCCCCCACAUGUGCAGAAGACGUUGCUGAGACAGUCCGCCUUCUGGCCACAGCUGAAGAUCAAGAUGGCAACCCUGUCGGGCUCGCUAUUCGCUCCGGCGGCCACGCUGUCGACGCCGGGGCCGCAAACGUUGACGGCGGCGUAACCAUCGAUCUGAGCCGCCUGAACUCCAUCGAAGUGAGCGAAGACCGAAAGACAGUAUCAAUCGGCCCCGGCGCAAAAUGGGGACAAGUCUACGAUAAGCUAGACGCAAUCGGCCUCUCCGUCGCCGGCUGCCGGUCCGCUCCGGUAGGUGUGGGCGGCUUGACUCUCGGAGGAGGCAUAUCCUACUUCUCACCUCGAUUCGGCUGGACCUGCGACACCGUCACCAACUUCCAAGUUGUUUUGGCGGACGGAUCCAUCGUGAAUGCCAACGAGAAAGAGAACGAAGACCUUCUCAUUGCGCUGAGAGGUGGAAGUAACAACUUUGGCGUGGUGACACGCUUUGACUUUUCUGCUUUCGAGCAGGGCCAGAUCUGGGGCGGGUCUCUCUUCCACACUCUCGACACCAUUGAUGAAAACCUCAAGGCAUUCCAAGAUUUCGCUUCGGCAGAAGACUAUGAUGAAUACGCCAGUCUCAUCACCAGCUUCGGCUAUGCGGCUGGACGAGGCGCCGGUAUUGUCCAUAGCGUUGAGUACACCAAGCCUGCGGAGAGUUUGCCCGUCUUCGAGCCGUUCCUUCAGAUCCCCAAUGUGAUGAGUACAAUGCGACUGGCUGGCAUGGGAGAGAUUUCCAGGGAGCAAGCGGUCUACUGUCCAUAUGGCCUGCGCCAAUUCAGUCUUCAGACCACUCACGGCUCCAACCUGGAGGUGCUCAAAACCGUCUUCUCUUGCUGGAAGAAAAGCAUCUCCCUUGUUGAAGAUGUGGCCAACAUCGUAUGGUCCAUCUCCCUCGAGCCUCUACCAACAAUAUUCUAUAAGAGAUCCGGCACAACCAACAGCCUGGGUCUCUCAGAUAGGAAUAAGCCCCUGGUCAUUACUCUAUUAACGGCUAUGUGGACAGACGAGGCGGAUGACACCAAGGUAGAGAAGACAGCACGCAAGAUGCUUGUGGACAUUGAAACAAAAGCCAAAGAGCUUGGGGAGUAUGAUCCGUUUGUGUAUGUAAACUACGCAGCACCGUGGCAGGAUCCGAUUGCUAGUUACGGAAAAGAAAGCAUAGAGAGGUUAAAGAAAGUCCGUGAGAGGGUGGAUCCAAAGGGGGUGUUUACACAUCGUGUCACAGGAGCCUUCAAGCUUCCGGCUUGA